AGCCCGAGUGUUGUGAAUCGCUGUCUUCGAUCAACGACCUUCUCACUGCUGCUGGCUCAUCGGCUCACUCUACUUCGAGACGCGAAACCUGACAUGGACCUGGUGGUGCAUCCCCACAUCCUGCAUGAUCUUGGGCUCGGUAUAUUGAAAUCGCUGUUGUUGAUUGACAGAAGAUUCGAACUCAGCCCAGCGAGUCUGGUCCAUCAAUCCCUUCUCGAGAAAGACAAUGAGAAAUGGGACAAGUACCGACUGCAGCUGAGGUGGAGCGCAAUAGCACUGCAUAUGACUGCUUAUGUAGCACACUACAAGAAGGCAGAACUCGCUCUUGCGCCAUUUGGCAUUGUUCGACUUGUCGGGCCGAACGUCCUACUGAAAGGAAUCAUCAGCCUCAUGUAUUACGAGGAAAUUGGGAGGGAAUUGCGGCAAAUCGGGUUCAAAGAUGAUCCGAAGAACACCGCAUGCGGAUGGUGUCAUUACAAGCCACAAACGACCUUCGAAACCGUUUCAGGGGAGUAU